GCAACAAUGGCGAUCUAAAGAACUAGCGUGCGCUUUUUCAUUAAAUAUAAUUUGACAUUACGAUUAGUGUUUACGCUACCUCCAUACGUAUAUUGAAGAAGUUAAUGUUCGUUAGUGUUCAAGUAAACUAUGUGAUUAAUAGGAAAACAUAAAUAGAAAAUAAAAGACUAGUAAAUUGUCUCUGAUAAAAAUUAGUUUUAAUCUUACCACACGAAUCCAUGGUGUUGGUUUUUGGUGAAAAAACGCAUAAGCCAUGUAUACAACCAUAUCGCACGAACUUUAACACACUGAUAUCUGUGUUACACACAUCCUGUAUAUUAAAUUGGAAUAAAAAUAAUUUAUAGUGGUGCUCUCGUACGGCAUGAUAAAAUAAGGGAAGAGAACGAAGGAGAUGAGCCACAACAUUGCAGGCAUGCCACCCUUUGCGAGGAUGCCUUUGGGGGGUAUGGGAAUGGGUGUGAGCAUGGGUCCUAGUAACCCGCAUCCUGAAAAUUCUGCUCACCCCCAUCCUCCGCCACCACCACCUGCCGGUGCCAAUCCUAAGAAAAAAAGGCGUACCAAUGCCAACGUAGCACAGCCACCCCCGCAACAACCUCCAUCUGCACAGGAUUUAUUACCACCACCUUUAAGUGGUUAUGGGGAUACAAUAGUGGCAAGUAAUCCAUUUGACGAUACGCCACCGCAAACUACUCAGAGUCCAAUGAUGCAUGGUGGUCCACCGCAUAUGCAUCCCCACCAUCCUCAUCAUAUGGGUGGACCGCCAAUGCGUGGUAUGAGUCCUCUUACUUCUAUCGGUGGUAUGAGUCCUAUGAUGCCGCAUAAUAUGGGUAGUAUGAGUCCGAUGGGUAAUUCACCUAUGACAAAUCAUAUCAAUCAUAUGGGUGGUAUGUCACCUAUGAAUCAUGCGCCUAUAGGCGGUAUAAGUCCUAUGAAUAAUAUGGGACCAAACAUGCCGCCUGGCCCUAUGAAUUCCAUAAACAAUCAUAUGAAUAUGAGUCAUAUGGGAAAUUCUCAAUUAAGUGGUCCACCUAUGGGUAGUCCGAUGAAUAACAUGAACAGUGGGCCUAUGGGUAGUCCUAUGAAUAAUAUGGGACAUAGUAUGGGAAGUCCUAUGGGAGGUCCAUUGGGGUCGCCGAUGAACACCAUGGGUGGAUCGAAUCAUAUGCAAAAUGGACCAAUGAACAUGAACAAUAUGAAUAGUCAUCUACCACCUAAUAGUCCUUUAAAUGGUCCAUCUAUAAACAAUGUCAAUGUUAACAGUCCAUUAGGACACAAUGGAUCUCAACCACAUCCAAAUCAUAUGGGAAAUAAUCUUAAUAAUAUAGGAAGACCUAUGAAUGGUCCUAUGACCACCAUGAGUUCGAUGGUCUCUAAUAAUAUAAAUAUGAGUGGGCCAAGUCAAAUGAACAAUAUUAAUAUGGGUGGACCACCAAUGAACAGUAUGUCUAAUAUGAAUAUGAGCCAUCAUAAUCAAAUGGGACAUAUGCAAGGACCAAUGGGUACUAUUUCUAGCAAUAUAGGAGGUGGUCCGCCUAUGGGUCAUACUAUCAAUAUGGGAGGAUCUAUGCCGCCUCAUGGAUUUCAAGGCCCACCAGGAAUGGGUCCUAAGCCAAUGCCUGUCUCUGCGGGAAAAAUAUAUCCUCCGGAUCAAGCUAUGGUAUUUAACCCACAAAAUCCUAAUGCACCGCCAAUUUAUCCCUGUGGAGUUUGCCAUAAAGAAGUACACGACAACGAUCAAGCUAUUCCUUGCGAAUCUGGUUGUAAUUUUUGGUUUCACAGAGGAUGCACAGGGUUAUCAGAGACAGCCUAUCAACUAUUAACUGCUGAAAUUUACGCCGAGUGGGUGUGUGAUAAGUGCUUGCAAUCGAAAAGCAUACCUUUGGUUAAGUUUAAACCAUAACACUUCUUGACCCGUCGUAUAUGCGACGCACGAGUGACUCUUUGUUAGCGUUUACACUUUGUACACGCACACACAUACACGUACGCGUGCGAUUGCACACAUACAAGCACACACAUAUACACAAAACACGCAAAUACACGAAAUACAUGCAUACAAUAAACGUCGUCUACUGAUGCAGACGUUAAGUCCUGCAUAAAUAUAAACAUACGCUGUUUGUUAAUAACUUAGUUUUAACUUGUUGAAAAUAUUAGGGAAAGUGGAUUCUACAAACUUUUGAAACGAAAUCACAUCGAAAGUUUAUAGAAAUCAAAAAAGAAUGGAAAGAAGAAAAACACAAAAAAAAAUAAUUAUUACAACCAAUUAAAAAGUUGGAUUUGGAAUUUUAAUAUCUGUUUCAUGAUAUAAGUUAAUUUGCCUAUAUAUAUAUGUUUACGUAUAUGUAUAUGUAUAUAUACA